AUGCCGGCCUUCGCGACGCGGACCGGCGUUGUGGGCAGGCCCGGCUGCCGCGGCCGGGGAGGCAGGCGCUGGGCACCGUCCAGGGCGACCGGCGGCAGCGUGUACAGGGGGGAGACAAAGGCCCUGCUCAGGUCCUUGGUGACCCGCCAGGCGCUGAAGACCCUCCUUCACUACUUGGAGGAGACAAAUCCGCAGCUGCACUACUUCUUGCACGCGCAUGUUGUGGAGCAUCCCUUGAAGAUGGACGGCAGCUCAGAGGACUGGCUGACGGAGCUGGCCGCAACACCCCUGACGAAGGUCAGGGAUCCACGGCGGUCUACGGCGCCCACCAUGGAAGCAGAGGCUGCCGUGAAGGGCGAAAAGGAAGUGAGUCCACGGGACCUAGCUGAGCGAAUUUUGGAACUCAGGGCCCAGAUAGCCCAGGAGGUGGCUGAGGACGCAGAGCUCAUGCCCGGUUUCAACGAUGCUGUGCUGAGGAGGGCGCUGGCAAAGACCAUUCUGGACGUCCCUGUGGAUGACGACAAAUGA